AUACAUUCCCACAUAAUUCACUUUUGAUUCACCUGUAGCUUUUUCUUACAGUCUCGAUAAAACCGUACAGUAUCUAACGCAUACUUCCCAAUCCUUAAUUUUUGUAUGUGAAUCAAAGAUAACGGUCUCUAUGCUGUGAAUAGUAGAGAAUACAGAUUAGUCGAUCGCAGAAUUGUAACGCUUGAUGUCGAUAUACGAAACGACACGAAACGAACAUUCUCUUUAACGAAAAAGAUUCCUUAAUUUUGCGGAAAGAAAUUGGGGAAUACCGAAAGAAAGUGAAUUAUAAAGUGCAAGAAUGGCAGGACAAGGUGAAGGAUAUGGCAAGAGCUCGGCUACCCUGGAAAACCGAAUUGGGUGCGUCAAAUACACCCUUUUCUGUUUCAACAUAGUCUCGUGGAUGUUUGGAGCUGCACUAUUCGGCCUUACAGUAUGGAUACGAGCAGAGCCUGGUUUCGACGAGUGGGUGAGAAUGUUGAAUAUCGGAGUGUACUAUAUUGGGAUCUACAUUCUGAUCGGUGCCGGUGUUAUCAUAAUGGUUGUUUCAUUCUUGGGGUGCGUUAGUGCCUUGAUGGAAAACACAUUUGCUCUAUUUGUGUUUAUAGGUACACAAAUCCUCAGCUUCAUAAUCAUCAUAGCAGGAUGUGGCAUUCUGAUGGAUUUCAGUACAAUGAAUUCUAGUCUCCAACCUAUCAUCACGGACACUAUGCUUCGUUUGAUUAUGCAGUCGGAAGUUCCAACUUCAGCCUCAACAUUGCGGAUGGUUCAAGAGAAUAUUGGUUGCUGUGGAGCUGCCGGACCGAAUGAUUAUAUCCUUUUACGCCAACCUUUGCCAAGAGAGUGCCGCGACACCGUAACAGGAAAUGCUUUCUUCUAUGGAUGUACGGAUGAAUUGACUUGGUUUUUGGAGGAUAAAUCAGGAUGGGUUGCUGGUAUCGCAAUGGCUGUAGCACUUGUUAAUGUUGUAACAGGCGCCUUGAGCAUCAUCCUAGUACAAGCAAUAAAGAAAGAAGAGGACGAAGCCAGAAUGUAUCGACAUUAAGUGACAUCCUUGUUCAUACUAAGGUUCAGUUUUUUCCAAGCGGUAAUUUUACAUGACCUUUAUUACACUACAUCAUUUUAGUUUUACAUUAAUGCAUUAUGCAACGAUUUUGUAUGGAAUAUAAUGAAAGUUUAAAAUAAAUGUUAAAAAUGUA